AUGCAGAGUUGUCCUUAUGCUGCACCAUAUGCAAGCAGUAGUCGUUGUUCUCUUGGUCCAUCAACUAGUAGUACUAUAACUAUUAACAGCAGCAGCAGCAGUAGCAGCAGCAGUAACCAUAGUAGUAGCAGCAGCAGCAGCAGCAGCAGCAGCAGCAGCAGCCAGAGGCUGAAGGGCCCCUUAGGACGUGUAUGGGGUAAAUUAAGCAGCAUGCAGCUGAUGGGGGGUUGCCGUAUAGAUUCUCUUGUAUCGGGCAGCAGCACACGUCCCUCUGUAGUAGACGAGGCAGCAGCACAAGAAGCAGCAGCAGCAGCUGCAGCUGCAGCAGCAGCAGCAGCAGCAGAACAUCAUCAUCAUCAGCAGCAACAGCAGCAGCAAAUAAUACAUCAUCAUCAUCAUCUACGUCAUCAUGAGGAGAUGGAGAAUGAUGAGAAUAUUCCUUCUUCUUCUUCUUCCUCCUCCUCCUCCUCCUCUCUUUCUGCUGCUUCUUCUUCCCCAGCAGCAGCAGCAGCAGCAGCAGCAGCAGCAGCAGCAUCAGCAUCAGGUGUUUCUGUUCCUACAGGUUGUAUCCUAACACCAACAACAACAACAAAUAGUACAGAUAUACAGCAGCAAGAACAACAACAGCAGCAGCAGCAGCAGCAACAGCAGCAACAGGAACAACAACAACAACAACAAGAGGAAGAAGAAGAAGAAUUAAUAAGAAAACAAGAGAAACAAAAAGAACAAGAAUUAUUAUAUAAAUUAAUACGUAAAGAAUUACAAGAAAAAGAAUUAACUAUUAAGGAUUUUAUUUUAUAUAAUACUGUUGGUACUGGUUCCUUUGGUCGUGCAUCAUUUCAAGACGAGAAGCGUUUAUUUUUAUUAAUGGAGUAUGUAAAUGGUGGUGAAUUAUUUAGUUAUUUACGUAAAAAAAUAAAUGUACCAAUAGAACAAGCACGUUUAUAUACAGCAGAAAUAACAUUAGCAUUUGAAUAUUUACAUGAUAGAUUUAUAGUGUAUAGGGACCUUAAGCCAGAGAAUUUAUUAAUAGAUUCAUUAGGACAUAUAAAGAUAACAGAUUUUGGGUUCGCUAAGGAAAUAAAACAAGGAAAAACAUGGACAUUAUGUGGUACUCAUGAGUAUCUAGCACCUGAAUCAAUAACAAGAAGAGGGCAUGGACUACAAGUAGAUUGGUGGGCAUUAGGUAUAUUAUUAUAUGAAAUGUUAGCAGGAAGACCACCAUUUGUUGAUGAUACACCAUUAGGUAUAUAUAAGAAAAUAAUUGCAGGAAAAAUAGAUUUUCCUCCUUUAUUUGAUUCAUAUGCUAAAUCAUUAAUAAAAAGAUUACUUAUUCAUGAGCCUAAUAAGAGGUAUGGAUGUCUAAAGGAUGGUGCACAAGACGUAAAAAAUCAUAAAUUCUUUAGAGGUAUUGAUUGGCAACUUUGUUAUAAUAAACAAAUUAUUCCUCCUUAUAUACCUAAUAUACAGGGACCAAGAGAUACAAGUAUGUUUGAUUCAUAUGCUGAAUCUACGGAGUCUUCUGCUCCUGUUAUUGAUCCAGCUAUACAACAAGCAUUAUUUCAUAACUUCUAA